GAAUUUCGGAUUGGACGUAUUUUUCUGCUCUGUUAGUUUUAACUCACCAUUACAAGGCCUCUUUGUGCGUUCUUUUACGGAGAGCGCAGCGAGAGUGUAGUGUUGUUUUUGGACACCUUUUUUAUCGAUAGGUGAGUAAGCUAGCGUUAGCUGAUGUUUAAUUGGUUACUUAGCAAGCACGCUAGUUAGCUACCUGCCGGUCCUGGACUCGGCUUGGUGUCUAAACUACACAGUAGAGUGACACUUUUUGACUCUUCUUGUGUAUUUCUCGUUUUAAAGCAGGUAACGGUAACUUAUGCUGGCUUUCUAGCUUAGCUUCCUGCUAGCGCGGUUGGUUAGCAACAGUCACUAAGCUACCCUUGCACCCAUUAGUCUCCAAGGUGACGGUGGUUGUUGCUCCAUCCAUCCCAUCAGCCGCGUCUCUCUCUCUGUCUGCUCUCUGUCAGCUCCGUCUCUCAAGACAGACCCCGGAGUCCUGUUUUUGCCGUCUGGAGCACCGUGCUGCGGAUGACUAAGCUUGCGGGGCUCCGUGCCUGUUGCUGCCGGGCGGGCCGAUGCUAGGAGCCCGGAAAACAUAGCGGUGUGGGUCGGUGAGGAGAUGUCAGAGCGGGGAUGCCGCUUCUUGGAGACAGUGUUGUAGUCGAGGGUUGCACACAGUAUACCUACCGCUGGGACUUGGCAUAUAGACUCGCGGAGCCACGUUUCAGCCGAACAAGCAGUGACACAUAUAUGGAUGGUGGGGUCGCAGUAUGCCCACCCCCUCGACUACCACCACACCACCGGCUGGAGGGACUAGCAGCACCGGAGGAGAAGAGGGGCCCAUGUCUGCCACCUCCACCUCCUCUGUGGGCUCAUCUUUCCGGUUCGUCCCGGCGUUCUGCCUGGGCGUGGUGGCAGCAGUAGUGUUCCAGCUCGCCUGGGGAGGCCUGACCCUCACCUCUUUCUUCUUGAAGCUCUUCAUCUAUGUAUCAUUCGCCCUCCUGUGUUUCCUGGCUGGGAGCUUUGUUCUGCUAGUCCGGAAGAGUCCUCUCAAAGUCAGCUGCUUUGACAGAAACAGGAGGCAGUCAGCUGCACGGCUGGAGUUCUUCAACAAGCUCAUGGGUCGUUUUUCGGUGCCGGUUCAGGAGACGAGCCAGAGCAGGAGGGUGGUGGUGUCGCACAAUGUGGACAAAGCCCUGAAGGAAGUGUUUGACUAUGCCUACAGAGACUACAUCCUGUCCUGGUAUGUUCCUCUGAGUCGUGAUGAAGGCCAGUUGUACUCCAUGCUGUCAGAGGACUGGUGGCAGAUGAUCGGCCACUUGAGAUCCAGGCUUGCUGACAUAGACGUCGUCAACGUAGUGUGUUACGACAGCAUCCGAAUCCUUCACACACACUUCACCGACCUCAAGGCUGCGUCUGCAAGACCGGAGGAAUGUGCUCGGCCGUUUCCUCUCCAUCCCUGUUUGGUCAGUCCAGACUCAGAGAUGGCCUUUCUCCGCUGUGUAGCCAGGAUACUGCUGCUAUGUCUGCUGCCACAAAAGGAUGCCAAGUCACAUACACUACGCUGCUGUCUCACAGAAGUCAUCACUACUAAAGUGUUGAAGCCUUUGGUCGAGGUGCUCAGUGAUCCGGACUCCAUAAACAGGAUGCUGUUGUCUCAGCUGGAGCAGAGGGAGCAGCAGGCUGAGCAGCAGAAGAAAGCCUACACCUACGCUGCCUCCUAUGAAGACUUCAUCAAACUGAUAUCAACUUCCGCUGAUGUCAAUUUCCUCAAACAACUCAGGUAUCAGAUUGUGGUAGAGAUUAUUCAUGCCACCACCAUCAGCAGCCUCCCUCAGCUCAAGAAGCAGAAAGAGCGAAAAGGCAAAGAGUCAGCAGCUAUGAAAGCAGACCUGCUGAGGGCCAGAGAUAUGAAGCGAUACAUCAAUCAGCUGACCGUUGCUAAGAAACAAUGUGAAAAACGGAUACGCCUGCUUGGUGGACCAAACUAUGAGAACAAUGAGGAGGGAGGAGCUGAUGAUGGUGACGAGCCUCAAAGCCAGAAGAUUCUCCAGUUUGAUGACAUUAUGUGUAACCCGGGUUACAGAGAGCAUUUCAGAGUUUACAUGGAGAGAGUCGAUAAGAGAGCUCUGAUAAGCUUCUGGGAACUGGUGGAAACAUUGAAAACUGCCAACAAGAAUGAGGUGCCCCAAAUCGUAGGCGAAAUCUACCAGAAGUUCUUUGUGGAGAGCAGAGAGAUUCCAGUCGAGAAGUUUCUCCUCAAGGAGAUUCAGCAGAGCCUGGUGGGCAACAGAGGAACACAAGUCUUUGUUCGACUUCAGGAACAGGUGGCUGAGACGAUGAGAGAACGUUACUACCCCUCCUUCCUGGUUUCUGACCUCUACGAUAGGCUGAUCAGACGAGACGAUCAGCACAGCCAAUCACGAUGUAGCACAGAAGAAAAGGAGGAAGGGUGUCAGGGUCUAGACGUAGGAGAGGAGGUUGGUGAUGAGGGCAGUAAAGGCAUCAAUGAGCAGGCCAGCUAUGCUGCUACCAAACUACGCGUUCUCUACGACAAACUGGAGUACAAGCGGCAGGCCCUGGGCUCCAUCCAGAACGCACCCAAACCAGACAAAAAGAUUGUGAGCAAACUAAAGGAAGAAAUCGGAGCCAUGGAGAAGGAGCACAGUGAACUCCAGCAACACAUCACAAGGACUGACUGGUGGUGUGAAAACCUGGGCCACUGGACGGCUACUAUUACUGCUGCUGAGGCUACAGAGGAAGGCGGAGAGACGGUCGCUUCUUACAGCGUGUGUGUUAGCCUGGUGGAAGGGGAAGAAGCGGUCAACAGUCGCUGGAUAGUCCAGAGGAAACUCACUGAAUUCCAGAUGUUACACCGCAAACUAACCGAGUGUUUUCCAUCCUUGAAGAAACUCCAGCUACCGUCACUCAGCAAACUUCCCUUCAAGUCCAUCGACCAGAAGUUCUUAGACAAGAGCAAAACGCAGCUCAAUGCCUUUCUGCAGCGUCUGCUGAUGGAUGAGCGGUUGUGCCAGUCAGAGGCUCUCUAUGCGUUCCUCAGUCCGUCUCCGGAACACCUCAAGGUGAUGUCCAUUCAGAAGAAGUCGUCUUUCUCUCUGGCCUCCUUCCUGGAGAGGUUACCUGGAGAUUUCUUCUCCCACACUGAGGAGGACGGUGACGAUGACAGCGACUUGUCGGACUACGGCGAUGAAGCGGACGGACGGAAGGACGCUCUGGCUGAACCCUGCUUCAUGCUCAUAGGAGAGAUCUUUGAACUCAGAGGAAUGUUUAAGUGGGUGAGGAAGACUCUAAUUGCACUAGUCCAGGUGACAUUUGGACGAACUAUCAACAAACAGAUCCGGGACACUGUAAACUGGAUCUUCUGUGAGCAGAUGCUGGUGUGUUACAUCAGUGUGUUCAGGGACACCUUCUGGCCCAACGGGAAGCUGGCGCCACACGUCAAAGUCCGAACCGAUUCUGAACGCAGCGAGACGAAGGAGCGGGCUCAACAGAAACUACUUGACAAUAUCCCAGAUGCACUAGCGAAUCUAGUUGGCCAGCAGAAUGCCCGCUACGGAAUCAUCAAGAUCUUCAAUGCUCUGCAGGAGGCUAGUGCCAACAAACAUCUCCUCUAUGUGUUGAUGGAAAUGUUACUCAAGGAGCUGUGUCCUGAACUCAGAGCGGAGGUGGACAACAUCUGAACAUACAAACCAAAACACACACACACACACACACACACACACACACACACACGGAGUCUUUGACCAGGACUGAGGCUCCACUGGUUCAUCUUUCAGGCCUUUCUGUAGCUGACCAAUCAUAAACUGCCACGCGAGACGGCGAGAUGGUCUUUCGGUUAAAUCUCAGGCAGAAAGCAGCUGUGUUGGUCGGAGCCGAGACACACUGAUUCUGUUACUUUGCAGUGAGACGACGAGAAGCCGAGCCGACGCUUGGCCGGUGGUCGACUUUGUUGUGGUACAGAUCUGAACCUGCCCGGAGAAACGAGAUGGGAAUUUGAUUUCUUUCUAUCCAGGCAGCAGUCUGACAGUUUUGUUCCAGAACGCCCACAUUCACUAAAGAACAAAUAGUAUUUUUGACAUUAUGUGACACUCGUCUUUGUUUUUUUUGUUUUGUUUUUUCCUCAAUAGCACUGAAAUACCAGAUCUGUGCCAGAACAAAUUGAAGUAAUGUUUUGUUCCAGUGUAAAUCAUGGCAGUCUAGUAAAUGACUUGAUUGUUUGGACAAUUUCUAGAGCAGAUAAUCUGCAGACUUGAUUAAAUACAACAAAGACAGCUGACGUUCAGACGCUCUGUUGCUCUCUGAAGGCAGCCGGUGUUCGUCGUCGACCGCGGACCUCUGAACAUUCCUUCCACACACAACCUGAGCAACAACACUUGUGUUCUGUGAUUCUUGUUAAGGCUUAUAAUUGUGCAAUAUAAUGUCAUGUAAAAGUCAUUGUGAUGAUUUUAUUUAUGAUUAUUCUUGAUAGAUUUUAUUUUUACCAAAAAUUGUUUAGAGAGCGUUUAUAUAAGCAAUAAAUUGCAAAGUAAAAGUUG